AGGAAUUCAUUCGAUCAACAUGCUCAAACUCGAGCUGGUGCCGGCCGCCGGUGACAAGCUCGUGCUCAAGCUCUCUCCUCCGCCGCCGCUUGCUGACAAGCAGGCGUCUCUGGCGGACAACACGGCCGUCGUCGACUCUGACGGAGGUAACGCCGUCGGCAUCCCCUCCGAGCCCGUCUCGCUCGAGGAUGGCAUCGACACCGGCACCGGCGGCACCUGCACCGCCAACACCGGCACUGGCAACGUCCCGUCCGAGGGCGAGCCCAGCCCGCUCAAGGACGGCAUUGACGCGGGCGGCGGCAACGUCGCGGGCGAGUCUUCGCCGAUGAAGUCCUUCGCGAAGGUCGGAGUCAUCUCCGAGUCGGUGUCGCCUUCGCUCCUCGGAGCGAAGGCGUGCGGCGUCAAGAACGUCAAGGACAUCCCCGUGGCAAAGUCUGGCACGGAGGACGUCCUCAAGAAGGACCCGGCCGCGGAAAAGGCGCCCGACGCGGGCGCGGUCGACUCGGACAAGGCCAAGGCCAUGUUCGCCGCCCACGAGCAGGGGCCGCCCGCCGUUUUCUGGUCCA